UGGUUGUCCCACUGCAAAUAAAGGGAGAUAACGGGCUCUUAGUAGCGGCUGAAAACUUUUUAUACUGACAUGUUAGAGCAAUGACUUUUGCGUAACGGUAAAACUGGGACUAGGCUCCCAGCAUGAUAUAGGGUCCUUACGAGAAGAGGAAUAAGGAAAGAUUGUCACGGCCUGGUGGGGGUAAAGAAAGCAGUGAAUCCGUUGAAGUUCAGAAAGAAAGAGCGAGCAAGAUUUCCGAAAGUUGAGAGUAAUACAGAAACACAGCGGCGGUGGAAGAGCUUGUGUACCCAUUUGAAAGAUGAGCUUGAUGUCUGCCAUAGACACCAGUGCCUCCGUGUACCAGCCUGCGCAGCUACUGAAUUGGGUCUAUCUCUCUUUGCAAGACACCCACCAAACUAGCGCUUUUGACGCCUUUAGACCUGAACCCAACUCGUCCCACCCGGAGUUGAACUACUGCAAGGCUCCCACCGCGGACGUGAGCUCGUCCCUCAACUCCAAUUAUCUCAACAAUUUUUUUCAGCUCCAGCGGAAUGAGGCAUUGAAUAACAGGGUAUAUAAAAAUGUCUCGCCAUACGACUCGCUCAACAACAUUGUUGACGGACUCAACUCCUUGACGGACCACUUCUCCGACCUCUCCCUCUCCUCAGAGCCCCGCAAGCCCAGCAAAAGACCCCCGCCCAACUACCUAUGCCACCUCUGCUUCAACAAGGGCCACUACAUCAAAGACUGCCCCCAGGCACGGCCUAAAGGUGAGGGUCUAACUCCAUACCAGGGGAAGAAGAGGUGUUUCGGGGAGUACAAAUGUCCCAAGUGUAAGAGGAAGUGGAUGAGCGGUAACUCCUGGGCCAACAUGGGACAAGAAUGUAUCAAGUGCCAUAUCAACGUCUACCCACACAAGCAGCGUCCAUUGGAGAAGCCUGAUGGCCUGGACGUCUCAGACCAGAGUAAGGAGCACCCUCAGCACCUGUGUGAGAAAUGCAAAGUCCUGGGCUACUACUGCCGACGCGUGCAAUAACACCUUAACAUAUACUCCCGCCCCUGGCUUCAAUCCUCCCCUCCCUCUCAUCCAUCCAUCCUCCUUCUCCUCUCCCCAUCUCCAUCACCUGUUCCUCACCCCUUCCACUCCUCCUCCCCCUCCCUUGUUCCUCCUCCCAUCCCCUCUCUGAAUUAGCCGUUAAACCUCCUUUUGGGGAGGUUUGUCACUAAACACAGUUCCUGGUCAUUAUCCCUACACCUACUGGCCCUUUCUUAAUGGUAAAGGAGUGAGAGAAACUGAUCCAAGAUAUGUACUUAGUGAUUAAAAGCCCACAAAGUGCUCUUUCUAAACAGUGAUAAAACCCCACAAAGUGCUUUUUUUAAACAGUGAAAACUUGCCUAAAUAAUUGUAUGUAAAUAUCCUCAAUCAUGACAGGGCCUUGUAGCCUUGUGUACCCCACGCAAUGUGUGUGUGUAUAAUGUGAUAUUGUUCUCACUGACAGUAUUGCCCUCUCUUUGGUUUCAUUACCUCACUUUGGGCUCUGUUGAUUUUGUGGUUACAGAAGCGUUUUCCCUGCCAAGUGAAGUGUGUGUGGAUGUUCUGAGUGUUAAAACAGACAGAGACAGGGCCUCUAGUGAUGGUAAUGUAACAAAGGUCCCUAAACCUUCUAUCGUCAUGGACUCAAGUCGGGGUCAAUGUCUGGUCAAAUGUCAACCUAUACAUUAAUAACUGUGAAUGAAUUAUGAAUUGAUUAUUGAUUGAUUAACGGAGGGAUACCGCACCAUACAUCCCUGGCUUACAUGUUAUAUGUGGUGUAUUUAUUAUUUGUCGUCUGUUUGUCUGUUGUGCAAUUUUGAAUUGAUUUUAACUGGGAUAUAUACAAGUUACUGUCAAAAUCUAGGAAACACCAACAUAAAGUGUCUUAAUAACAGGGCCAGAGCAGCUUCAAUGAACCUUGGCAUAGAUUCAACAAGUGUCUGGAACUCUAUAGGAGGGAUGCGACACCAUUCUCCCAUGAGAAAUUCCAUAAUUUCGUGAUCUGUUGAUGGUGGUGGAAAACGCUGUCUCGGGCGCCACUCCAGAAUCUCCCGUAAGUGUUCAAUUGGGUUGAGAUCUGGUGACUGAGACUGCCAUGGCAUAUGGUUUACAUAGUUUUCAUGCUCAGCAAACCAUUCAGUAACCACUUGUGCCCCGUGCAUGGGGGCAUUGUCAUCCUAUGGUGGCAUAGCCAUGGUAGCCAAAAUAAUGGCAAAAAUCAUGGCCUGCCCAGCAUUUUUAUACAUGACCCUAAGCAUGAUGGGAUUUUAAUUGUUUAAUUAACUCAGGAACCACACCUGUGUGGAAGCUCCUGCUUUCAAUAUACUUUGUAUCCCUCAUUUACUCGUGUUUCCAUUAUUUUGGCGGUUACUUGUAUAUGAAUGUGUAAUAGUAUAAUAGUAUAUAUAUGUGUAUGUUUUUAUAUCAAAGUAUUAUUGUGUAACUGCUUCUAAUUGUCUAUAGAAACUACUUUAGGUUGAGAAUCGUUCUUCGUUUAGAUGUAGUACCGUGAUAAUAACAUUGAUGUUUUGUAUUUAACAUGCUAUGCAUUUACGUCAGCAAUGAAAUUAGUGUUGAGGUAUUAAUCGAGAUUUACAAAUUGACCAGCUUUGAAAAUUCUUGUCCAAAGCCAAAUGCAAUAAGAGCCGUUUCUGUUAUGAUAAAGACUGAAUAUCCAGUUCCUCUUAGCCAAUAUACCAUUCACACAGUAUUUAGACUCUCAAGUGUUAGAUUGAACCUAUCUGCAAUGCUGUAGUCUUUUUUUGCCUACCUAAUUUAAUACUUUACUUCCAAAUAAUCAUUUUAUUAUUGUAAUGAGUUCCUUGAACAGUAAUUCCGUCCUGUACUCUAUGUAUGCAAACAAUAUUCUUAUUAAGGACUCAACUUCAGUAGUCUAUUUGGUGUAGGAUGCCGGUAGAUUGACAUGGUGGAUUUUAGUUGAUUAGAACUGGUAUUUAAUCUGGUAUAUACAGUAAAUAAGUAAUCCUUAUGCAUUUCAAAGUGGUUUUAUAGUAUACAUAUAGCAUUUGCAAAUUCACAUCUUUUUUAGGACUCACACCUGACCAAUAGAGCUGUUCCAAUCUUGUAACGCUACUUUAAGACAGCUUUAUUUACCUAGAAAUAUGACAGUGAAUAGAACUAAUAUCUUUUUCCAAGGGGUUUAUCUCCUUCAUAGUGUGUCAAACAGGUGACAGCAGUAAAGGAUGUCUGGGGAGAAAGAGAGGUAAAGGGAUGUAGGUAAGAUGAAUAUAAUGUUUGGUGAAGAAAAAAUAAGUGGGAAAGUUGUCUUGUAACAGACAGCCAUGUUUUGUUUAUCAGAGGACGUUUUGUAAGUGUGAUGAUGGAUUAAGUUUACGUUUCUGUGUGUUUGAUACCACAUCAUGAUAUAAACAUUAAAUAAUGUCUUUAAUAGAGGAGGUAACUAACCAUUAUCUCUGUUUUCAAAGAUCUAGGCCUAUACUUUAAACUUUAUCGUUGGAGAAUCUAGAGGGAAGAAUAUCUUUGAUCUAACAUUUUGUAACGUUAGGUUUAGUUGUAUUGUAGCGAUAGAGGUUAUUGACACUUUUGGAACAUUUAUGUUGUGAGUAUAGCUGAAGAGAAGUUUGCUACCAAUUUUCAAAGCUGAGGUGUAUUUUUCAAAUCAAACACAUUCGUUUCUCAAAUAUUUAGAAUGUGUUUAAUGGUUCUAUAAAGGUUGAAUUAAUAGUUGUAUAUUUUAUAUUAUCUUAAAAGUACCAAUGUGCCUUGUAAAAAGAGAAUAAUUAUUUUUGAAAAAUUUGAAGGAAAUGAAAUAAGAGGGGAAUUGAACUUAGUUUGGAACUGGAUUAAACUAAGUAACUCUGAGGUAGUGUUUUGCCAAGUUUGAUGCAAGUUCAAGAUGUGAAUACAAAUGGGAAAACAAAGAACCUUACCCCAUUAGAACUGAGAAGUUUCAACUGGCUAAUGUCUUCCUCUACAACAUUUUUUUGAGUUUGGACGCAGUAACUAAAGCAUCUGGCAAAAACAAUCACACACACUGUAGCUAGUCUGUUGUCAUGGAAUCAACAACAAUGUUAUUUUGAAGUCAGUACACUAAUGUGAAUGAGGUUUUGACUAAAAGCUGGAUACCUCAUCCUCGUUCUCCGGGAUUAAAUCUGAUCUCAUUUGGGCUUUUAAAGGCAAUUUCCGAUUGAGACGAUAUGCAGUGUUUUACUGUGAAUGGGAUCUCCACAAAUGCGCGAACAUUUCUUUUAAAAGCUGCAAUGCCUAUAACUCGUGAUCGGAUUGAAUCCCGUCCUUGAGAUGAUAGUCUGUUUAUGACUUAAUGAUUGAUUUAACAAACACAAGUUGGAGUUUAGUCUGUUGUCUUACAUACAAUGGGUGGAUACUGAACAAUGCCUUAUGCAUCAUUUGUCAAAACUUGGACAUCACACUCAGUUGGUUUUAGUUAUAUGGGGAGGUGAAGGAUAGUUAGCCUGUUUCCAGAUCUGUUUGUGACUCUUGACAACCCCUAUAGUCAUUGUGACAGCACAAUUAGAUCUUGAACCAGCCUACAGGAUAGUAGUCUACUCAUAAAAUAUUAGGCAUUAUAAUCGCGAGGAGAUGCAUCAUAGCCAUUAUAUGGAUAUUGUAUUAUCAUCUGAACAAAAAUGUUUUUUUAAUCAUAUUUGAUGUGAAUCGUAUUGAUGUUGAGGGUUUCGUUCGUUGAUUACAGGUCAUAGCAGAUUAUUAUUUUCUCCACACAUAAUGUUGGGAUCAAUUCUAUAUUUUCAGUACUGUAGCUAAUACAAUUGAUCUGUUUCUCUGUCAUAUCUAAUAAGUGUUAUAAAACCAACUACAACCGAGCAGAACACUGCUGAUAUCCUAUCUUUACAAUAUAUUCUAGUCUUUAUUCUCUUCCCAACAGCAGUUGUAUGUUUCCAUUAGCCAUCUCCGUUAGCUUGGGUAUUAGCCAACUAAACCUAGGCCUAGAUUAAAUCAACUGCACAGCUGAUGUGUUGAAGGAGUCGGAGGUAUAACUGCAUUGGAGCUGUCCAAUCAGUGAGCAGCUGCUCUUGAUCAUUGUCACGAAGCCACACACAUCCCACUUGCGUUAGAAGAUCAGAACAAGAAAGUGUAGGAUAUAGAUUAAAUAAUUAUGCUCAAAUUGAAAAUCAUUCAAAUAAAUAAUGAGGGCCUCCCGAGUAGUGCAGUGGUCUAAGGCCACUAGAGAUCCUGGUCCGAGUCCAGGCUCUGUCGCAGCCGGCCACGACUGGGAGACCCAUGGGGCGACUCACAAUUGGCCCAGCAUCGUCCGGGCAGGGUGGGUGCAAUGCACGCGGACACGUUCGCCAUGUGUACAGUGUUUCCUCCGCGGUUGGCUUCUGGGUUAAACGGGCAUUGUGUCAAGAAGCAGUGCGGCUUGGCGGGUUGUGUUUUGAAGGACGCAUGGCUCUCGAUCUUGGCCUCUCCGGAGUCCGUAGGGGAGUUGCAGCGAUGGGACAAGUCUGUAACUACCAAUUGGAUACCACGAAAUUGGGGAGAAAAAGGGGUAAUAUAUAUUUUUUUAAAUGAAUAAAAAGAAAAAACAUUUCUAUCAGCCUAAUCGAGGUGUAGAUUACAUCUCACAUUCCAGUCAGAACUUGUGAACAUGGCUGCAUGGGAUAUCUCUUACUGCGACUCUUUCCAGCCAAUGGCAAUGCCAUUUUCCACUUUAGGUACAGUAUAAUUCCAGGAGCGGCUUGUGGAUUUGACAACUCUAACUCCGUUCCACCUCCGACACUGCCAAAACAAUUGCUAUGCGGAUGACAGCUAAAGCAGAUCUAAUUGAAUAGAACCCCUAAAGUGCUAAUACUGAUCAAAAUCGAUAUGCAUUAGGCUUAUGAGUGCUCUGACUUUUAAGGAAUAUAAGGAUAAGAAUAUCCUUAAGAAUAUAAGGAAUAUCAUGAAGAAUAUAAAGAAAAUAUAAAAUUGCCCAAUAUAUUGUUGUGGGAUAGUCUGAUUCCGUCCAGACCAGUUUGUGAAGAAGAAGCCAUGUGUUUGAGAUGGCAUAACGAGCCAAUGGAAGCAGUUCAUACAAUGUGUUUAUUGUAUUUAAAACGUAUACAAAUGCUUUUUCAGAUGUGUUUUUUUGUCUUGAAUUUAGGGCUGGAUUCAAUCCGUAUCGCAGAAGAUCAGCGUAAAAAUGUAAUGGUAAUUUCUGAUUGAGCCGACAUAAUCAGCGUUUAACGUGAAUACGGUCUCCACUAACAGGGGAACAUUACCUUUUAAAUGUAAUCUGCGCUACAAUGCGGAGCUUCCGUGAUGCUUCUGCAAUACUGAUUUAAUCCAGCCUUGACAUAUACUUGAUUUUUCUAGUUCCUUUUCGGUAUGGGUUUGUUAUUUUCUAUGAAAGAUUUGUGUAUUUUGGAAAAAAAUACUUUAUAGAUGUAAAAAAAAAAAAAAAAAAAUCUUAAUUUUUCCCUCAAAUACAUUUUACAACUGACUGUUUAUGUAUAUAUUAGAUGGCCAUCAUUUUUAAGGAUCUUAGCUCCUCUGAAAUGUAAUGCAAUUUUGAAGCUUUCUAUGUGAAAAAGGGCCUAUAUUGCUGAGAAACAAAUAAAGCUGGGAGUUUUUUUGUU